UUUCUCCACCUUGUUUAUAAAGAGUUGAACCUUGGGUGCCCCCAUCUCAGACAGGUUUUAGUUCUGGAGUGGAAACUAUUGUUCGACAGAUAAUAGUCAGUCACAGGCUCAGAAAUAUACUUCAAAACUUCAUUCAAAUGAGCAGGAUAUAUUUGAUAUGUGCCCUUGUGGCACUAGCUACAGCUCAGAAUCCACGCAAGAUUGGGAAAAAUGGAAAGAACGGAUACUUGGCCACAGCCCCUGGUGGAUCAGGUCCAAGCAAUGUUGGUGGAGAUUAUGGUCAAUCCCAAUACGAGUCCCCUGCCCCCUACAGCUCUCAUCAAGGUCACAAAACGCAUCAUGGUCCAACCCAUCACAACGACAAGCCAUCAUACAGCCAGCUCCUGCAAGACACUCGAACCCUGAAUCAAGAUGGAACCAUCAACUUCAACUUCCAAGCUGAUAACGGACUUCAACAAGGGGAAACAGUUGACCCUGACGGUACUCGACGAGGAUUUUAUUCCUAUCCAGGCGCUGAUGGUAAACCCAUCACCGUAAAGUACACCGCAGGUAAAAAUGGUUUUAUUGCUGAGGGAGACCACCUUCCACUUCAGCCACAAGCCGCCGCGCACAACGAUAAGGACAACGAGGAAGAUUAUUCUCCCAAACAACGCCCGUCUUAUAGUGGUCGCCAAGAAAGCAGUGGAGAUUCUGGUCAAUAUAACCCACCACCACCCCACCAAUCUGGUGCCUACACACCCGGACAAUACAAACGACCGGCAGCCCCUGCACCUGCCCCAUACAAGCAUAACAGCCCAUCCAGCAGUGGUCGCUACCAAGGAGGCGGUGGAGGUCCUGGUCCAUCCUCAUACAAUCACGGUCCAAGUGCUUAUUCUAGUCCUUCUUAUGCUGGUGGAAAUGAAGGUGGCAGCAGUUUUGUUGGGUUCGGAGGCGACUUUGAUCAAGGGUUUGCUUCCCCACAACCUUCUCACAACAACUACGCGGGGGCCCCAGCUCGAGCUCCGUCGUCAGGAAGUCGACACUCUCAGGCACCAAGAUCUCCCAGUUAUUCGUUCGGUGGACCCAGCUCAGGGGGGCCAUCACCAUCCUACUCCUCAGGAGCUCCCUCUUACAGCAGUGGACCAGCUUUUGGAAGCAGUAGUCCUCGGGGCGGCGGCUUCACUGCUGCAAACCCGUACCAGCCCGCGGGAUCCGGCCCAUACAAUGGCAACUUUGAUUUGGGCAACAGUGGUCACUUUUCUAUUGACUUUGCCCCCGGUGCGGCGCAAGAAUAUCAGCCAGGAGGUGAAGGGUCAAGUCACAGCCCAAGCUUUGCAGGCAGGAGACCAAGACCACAAGGUACUCGGGGACAGUACUAAGUAAAACCCUCUCAUAGUACAUAUUCUAAACUUACAAAAUCUUCUUUUAAUUGUUAAAUUACUGAGGUCUUAAGUCACAAAAGCUGUCACGACACUUUGACAAAUGAACUGAUUACUUUCAAAUAAAACAUGUUUCAAACUAAGUA